AUGUUAAAGUUUUUGAACAAGAAGGAUGAAAUCAAUGAUAGUUCGAAUGAUAAUAUAUCAAUAUCAACAUCUGCUACUAGUAUCAGUCUGAAACUGAAACUGAAACUAAUUAAAUGUCAUGAACCAUUUGAACAUCCGAUUAAUUUAGAUUUUAAAAAGCAAGAUCAUAAUUUAACCACGGAAGAACAAGAUAAGUAUGAUCAAUUAUUAUCACAUUUUAAACAAUAUAUAACUAAAGAUAUACCUACAAAUGAUCAGCAUAUUGAAUUUCAUCCGAUUACAGAAGAUGAAAAGGCUUGGUUAACUCAAGAAUGUUUUAUUAGAUAUUUACGUGCAAGUAAAUGGAAAUUAAAAAUUGCAAUUAAAAGAAUUGAAGAAACUAUAAUAUGGAGAAGAACUUUUGGAGUUGUUAAAUUACCAAAUUCAAAAUUAAUAACUCCUGAUUUAGUUGAAAAGGAAAAUUUAACUGGAAAACAAAUAAUUGUUGGUUAUGAUUUUGAAAAUCGUCCUUGUUUAUAUUUACGUAAUGGUUAUCAAAAUACAUCAGCUUCAAUUAAACAGGUACAACAUUUAGUAUUUAUGCUUGAAACAGUUAUAAAUUUUAUGCCACCGGGACAAGAUAAAUUGGCAUUAUUAAUAGACUUUAAACUGGCGCCUGCUGAAUUAAAUCUUCUGUCAAAAUUCCCAUCAUUAAGUAUUUCAAAACAAUGUUUACAUAUCUUACAACUGCAUUAUCCUGAAAGAUUAGGUCAAGGUUUAUUUACAAAUAUUCCAUGGAUUGGUUAUACUUUUUUUAAAGUUGUUGGUCCAUUUAUUGAUCCAUAUACAAGAUCAAAAACAAUAUACGAUCAACCAUUUGAGAAUUUUGUACCUAAACAACAAUUAGAUAAAGAAUUUAAUGGGUUAUUAGAUUUUGAAUAUAUUCAUGAAUUAUAUUGGCCAAAAUUGAAUGAAUUGAAUGAAAAAAAGAGGAAUAUAUAUAUGGACAAUUUUAGGAAAUUAGGAUGUGAUAUUGGAUUAAGUGAAUAUGAUUUGAAAUAUACCAAAAUAGAGUAA